AUGUUGGUCACUGUGACUCUCCUCCUGUGUGUUCUGGGAGGACAAGCACUGGACCUGCUGAGAGCUACAUCAGGGGUUCCUCCCCCCGUUCCAAGAGUGUACUGCUGGUGCUCGAGCUUUCCAAAUGUGACUCUUUGCUCCUGGCCUGAACCGUCCCACUGCCCACCGACACAUUACGUUGCCACCUACAGUGAGAGACAUGGGCAGCCAAUCAUUGAGAAGUGUCAUCUCAUCCCACCCUCCCCAUCAUCAUCAUCAUCAUCAUCAUCAUCAUCAUCAUCUCAACAGUGGCACUGCCAGCUGCCCAACCUGAAGCUUCUCACCGACUACAUCAUCAACAUCACGGCUGUUCAUUCUGGUGGAAGCAGCUCCUACCUCUCAAGUUUUAUGUUGGAGGACAUUGUGAAACCAGAUCCUCCCGUAGACGUCCGGGUUUCCUCUCGCAACACCAGAAACCUGCUGGUGCAGUGGUCUCCUCCGUCCACCUGGACCAACCUGCACAUCUUCCCCCUCAAAUACCAGAUAAUGUACCAGUGGGAGAACAAGGGCAUCGCAUCGUCUGUCAAUUUGGGUCCGUUUGAGAGCGCCCAGGUGGAGCUGAAGGGGCUGAGCCCGGGGAGGGAGUACCUGUUCCAGGUGUGCGCCAAGGAGCUGCUGGAUCUCGGCAAGUGCAGCAACUGGAGUUCACCUGUAAAUAUCACCUUACCGAGGACAAAGCCUUAGACUCUCACACCCGGUUUUAUUUAUCUCUCUCCUUCUAAGCUACCACUGAUCUUUGUUGUUUUGAGUGCACAUACAAUGCAAGCAAAGGUCGUU